AUGAUACCAAAAUAUUCAAAGAUUUCAAUGACUAUUUUAAAACUAUUUUUAUUUGCUAAUCUAAUUCAAUUACUAGUUAAAUAUUCUUUUCAGAUUACUUUCCUGGUAAUUCAAAUAUAAUUCGAAUCCUAGAAAAAGUUGAAACAUGAAGUACAAACGCAUAAUUUUUUUUGGAAGUCACAAAUAUUCAACAUACACGUAAAUAUAUGUUAUUUCAUAAAUUUAGAUUUUAAUCUAAAAAUUUCAUGUCCAUAUUAUGGAGUACUUGCUAUUAGAUUUAAAUGGUAUGCUGUUUGAAGAAGUAGUUAUCAAGUGAUUAAUUAUAUCAGUACAACCUUAAUUGUUAACAUGACUUUUCAAAAUGCAUUGAGUAAUUCAAAAAAUGGAUUUGUGAGUUUAACAGGUUUUUAAUAUAGUGGUGGUAUUGAUUUUCUACUGAAAGUAAAAAUUUUGUUAUGAUAAUAUUCUCAGAUUAGUGAAUUCACAAGUUCAUCAGUUUCUGUUGAAAUCAAUAAGGUAGAUUUUAAAUUCUAAAAUCAAAUAAACUUAGUUUUUAAAUUGUCAUAGCUGAAGAUGAUAUCAUUAAUCUAUGAUUAUAAACUUCUCUUGAGUAAUAUACUAAUUAGUCAAUCUAUAUAUAAUCUGAAUCGUGGUUUAUUUUUAACAUUUAAGGUCUAAAUAUUUUAUAUAGAAUUUUAUUCGUAAUGUGAUUUAUUGCAUAGUUAGGCAAAUAUAUAUUCCCACUAAAGAAAAUAGGAAUUUGGCUUUAUUUUAAAUAAGAAAUCAAAAAAAUGA